AUGGCAGCCCUCCGCUCUUCCGCAUCCCUCCUGCUCGGCGCAGCGUCCAGGCCGGUCCUGCGCGCGGCCGCUGCCGCUCCCGCCGCCGUGCGCGGCAUGGCCCAGGUCGUCGACGGGCAGCAACAGAGCCAGUCGGCGUCGGGCGACGCCGCGAAACUCAAGACUUUCCAGAUCUACCGCUGGAACCCCGACACACCAACUGAGAAGCCCAAGAUGCAGAGCUACACCCUCGACCUGAACAAGACCGGGCCCAUGGUCCUCGACGCCCUGAUCCGCAUCAAGAACGAGCUCGACCCGACCCUGACCUUCCGCCGGAGUUGCCGAGAGGGUAUCUGCGGCAGCUGCGCCAUGAACAUCAACGGAACCAACACCCUCGCCUGCUUGUGCCGCAUCCCCGCCGAGGACAGCGCCGAGCUCAAAAUCUACCCGCUCCCGCACACCUACGUCGUCAAGGACCUGGUGCCCGACCUCACCCAGUUCUACAAGCAGUACAAGUCGAUCAAGCCGUACCUACAAAGGGAUACGGCAAGGAGUAUAGGCAAAGUAAGGCGGACCGCAAGAAGCUCGACGGCCUCUACGAGUGCAUCCUCUGCGCGUGCUGCUCGACGUCGUGCCCCUCGUAUUGGUGGAACUCGGAGGAGUACCUGGGCCCCGCCAUCCUGCUCCAGUCGUACCGGUGGCUCGUCGACUCGCGUGACGAGAAGACGGCCCAGCGCAAGGACGCCCUCAACAACUCGAUGA